AAAGGAUAUGAAUUUUGGAAAUCUAUUGGUUCACCAAAACAUGUUGUUGCACCAAUGGUAGACCAAAGCGAAUUGGCAUUCCGAUUGUUAGCUCAAAAUCAUGGAUCCACACUUGCUUAUACUCCAAUGUUCCACGGAAGAAUUUUCGUUCAAGAUGAAACAUAUCAAAAGACACAUUUCCAAUUCUUGGAAAGUGAAGGACCAGUUUUUGCUCAAUUUUGUGCCAAUGAUCCUAACAUUUUUGUAGAAUGUGGUUGGUUAGCUUGGGAAUUGAGUAACCAAAAAAUUGCAGCAGUUGACUUGAAUUUGGGAUGUCCACAAAGAAUUGCCAAGAAGGGAAGAUAUGGAUCUUAUUUGAUGGAAGAUAUUGAUUUAAUUUGUUCAAUGAUUGAAAAAGCACACAAGGAAUUACCAGUUCCUGUCACUGCUAAGAUUAGAAUUUUUGAAGAUGCAGAACAUACCUUAAAAUAUGUGGAUAGAAUUCUUGAAGCUGGAGCUCAAGUAUUGUGUGUUCAUGGAAGGACGAGAGACCAAAGAGGACACAAUCAAAACUAUGCCGAUUGGAAAAUGAUUAAACUUAUUAGAGAACACGUACCACACAUUCCAGUAAUUGCUAAUGGUAAUAUUAGAAUGUAUCAAGAUGUUAUUGAUUGUUUGGAAUUUACAGGAGCUGAUGCUGUCAUGUCAGCAGAUCCACUUUUGUGCAAUCCAGCACUUUUUAAUGGAGGUCAACAUGUCAAUGGAAUUGAUUUGUGUGAGGAAUAUAUUAACAUUUGCGAGAAAUAUCCACCACCAGAUCAUAGUUUUAUCAAGAGACACUUGUUCCAAAUGUUGGACCAUACCUUAGGUACACAUAAUCACCUCCGGGCAACCCUU